AUGAUACUUUGCCUCUCGACUGAGAGAAGUCGAGCAGUAACGUUGAAUUCUCUUCCUUCUGUAUGUCCAGUAUCCCUUUGGUACGGUGGAUAUUCUGUCUUUGAAGUUGAUGAAGGCUCCAAAGACUCCCAAGUUGGAGACAUCAUCGAUUUUGUCAUCGACAGUCAAAUGAAUUUUCAUCUAGUGGACUCUGAAAAAUCUCGCUUGCUAAAAUGGACUUAUCGCAACAGCUAUUCAUCCCUCAAGGUUCUUUUGGAUAAAAGUGGUACAUCUGAUAGCGGCUCGUAUGGUUUGAAAAAUCCUCAAGGUUUGUUUGUGGAUAAAGAGGAUAACUUAUUCAUCUGCGAUCGUGGAAAUCAUCGUAUUCUAAAACGAACACCUACUGGAUAUGUAACAACUGUUGGGCAGGAUAUCUACUGUGAACAUAUUUUCGUUGAUGACAACACUGGUGAUAUCUACGUAAACAGUUUAUAUGAUGAUGCAAUAUUUAGGUUUUCUGCCGGUUCUCUCGAUGGGGCUCGCGUUGCGGGUGAUGAACAUCGAGGCAAUUCAUCGAGCCAAUUGUACCAGCCAGCUGGUAUAUUUGUUGACAGAUAUGGUAGUCUAUUUAUUUGUGAUUAUGGAAAUCGGCGAGUACAAAAAUGGACUAAAGGUGCGACAGAGGGUACCACCAUAAGCCCAUCGGGUCCACGUUUUUUUGGACCCGGACCCGGACCCGGACCCGCCCAAUAA